CGCAGGAAACGCAGGCGCGGCUUUCUCCUCAACCGUAGGUGGUGGACCGUGCGCGAGCCAAGGGCGGCUCGCUCGUCUCGUCUUGAGGGCAACUCGAUCCUCGCGGUCGCCAUCGAGCGCUCCGCCCGCUCAUCUCUCGCCGCUCCGCACAGCUGAGCCCUGAAUGUGAUUGUGCAGUGAGGGCGAGCAGAGCCGCAUUGGGCAAGAGAUUGCCUGCUACGAUGCUCAACGAGAGUCGACGGCGUCGACGAGGGAGGGGGUGUGGCUGUGCUGUUGCGAGGAUACAAAAGGCCUUUGCUCGCCGCUUCUUGUCUUCUUACCACGUCCCUUCCCCUCCUCAGGUCAGCCAGUCGGCACUAUCAUCAGGCCUCACCUCUGCCCUCACAGCGCUGCUGGUCCUCCCUCGCCUCCUCUUCUCCACUCGCUCAAGCAUGGCCCUCGCGCGUCGCGUCACGUCAAGCUGGCAUUCGCCUCGUGCACUUCAUCUUCCCCUGUCGCCCCACUCGUCAACCUCGCAACCUCAAGGCAUCCAUCACUCCAUCAUGGCGCCCACUCGUCAAGCAGCCUCGCAUCUACGACAGGUGCAAAGCACCGAGAGCAGCCCUCAAUCCACGUGUGGUCACUCUGCAGUGCAACUCACCAAGCUUAGCAUCAGCGGCACUGUAUUUGCUUGGCUGAGCCUUGCCUUCAUCACCUUGGCGCAAGCACGAGUUCGUAAAAAGUGACGAUCAAGUCACUGCGCAUUGAGCCAUCCUGCCCAUCUUCCUCUCAAGUCACGGCUCGCCUUCGUCACCGUCACCGUCACGCAAGAUACGGUCUUGGUCAAGUGGACCGGGCCUCGCAUCUUUCGUGUUGGUC